AUGUCUUCCCCAACCAACAACAGCGAUGGGAAUGUAUCACAUUCGAAUGUCGACUAUGAGCACUAUGACUCGGACGCCGAUUCCUUCCCCUGGGUAGGAUUUGGGCGUCCCAUGCCGGAGGAGACAGAGCGAUUGAAAUACCGAGAUAGAGUCCACGAGCAAAUUGGGAUGGAGAUGAUAGGCGAAACAUUCGUCUGCCCCGUUGACCCUUUCGUUGACCAUUACCUCCCACCCCUGCCCGGUUCUGUGGACGUGACUGCUGUGGUGGAGGAGCUGGCGAAGGCGAGUCUCCUCAUUAAGGAUCCCGCUACGCAGUCCUACCGCUUUGCAGGGUUUGCAGAGGGCUUCGGUGCAGAGGAUGAUGACGCCGACGAGGUUGAACGAGAGGAAGUAUGUUUCGCUUUCUCCCCGUUGACGGCCAUCGGCGAUGCCAUCCGUGCAAUUCUGAAGGGUAUGGGAGUCAGAAUUAACCCAUUCCGCCUUGCGCUGUGCCUCAAGCCGUGGCUUAAGGGCGGCCACUUGCCUUUGGAUGCUAUGGCAUGCAAGGUUGACGGGUGCAUCACCUCCGCGAGCUUGGAUUUCGAUGGAGCUGUUGUACAGCCUGCUGGAGAGCUCUGUCCUACGGAUUUAGUCGUUCCUAUCGCGCUCAAGGCGUGUCAUCAUGAUUACACUACCAAUAACCUGCAGAUUGUCGUAUCUGCUAACCAUAUCUUUAAUGAAGAUGCUCGACGAACAUUUAGUUACGGCAUCUCCAUCGAGGGCGAGUACGCCUCUAUUUGGUAUUUUUCUCGUUCGCAUUCGAUGAAAGCAGAGAGCUUCGACUUUAUCAAGGAGCCGGAAUUGCUGGUCAAAGUUCUAGUGUCACUCUUCUGUGCUACGGAGGAGCAGCUCGGACUCGAUCCGCACAUCACGCUCAUUCCAGGGCGCGAUUACAAGACGUACCUAUACGAACUUCCCCCAGACGGAAGGACCAAACUCGAGCCUCAGUUCUUCAUGGCGACACACAAACUCGACGGGGACUACCCCGCUAACCUCGCUGACCCGGCCACCCGCGUUUGGAGGGUGAUUCAAGUGGUGUCGAAAAGGGUAUUGGAUCCAGUCCCGGGUGCCACAGAGCUCGUCCUGAAGGAUACUUGGAUCGGUUGGAAGAUUGACACCGAGUACGAUAUACAGCAAAGGCUGUUCUGCGACAUCCGUGCUUUCGCUGGCGGCGACUGGGGUUCUCACCCUCUCCUGGAGCACUUUUCGGCCAAACGUAAGGCCGAAUUUAAAGAAGCGCUUGCCAAGUUCGAAGAUUACUUUUGCGUUAUUCAGCAGCAACACAUCGGGGCCCGAAGCAAAAGGCUCCUGCCAGCCACGUCCGGGGUGGUCGUUCAAAAGCCCGAUUGGAGCCUGUUCUUUGGCGAAAAACCCUGGUCUAUGCAAAGGCAAACCUUGAUUGAGGACGAGAAUUACAGGCCCAAGGGUUGUCGACUAUUCAGGGUUGAACAAAGGUGUUUUUUCAUCCUCCAACACGAAUGCCCGCGGUUGGAUGAGCUUCCGACGCUGGGUGAUGCGAUGGACGUUGUUUCUCAAACAUGGCACGCGUUGUUGAUGAUGUUCUGCGCUGGCUGGAUUCACAGAGACAUAUGCCCGGGCAAUAUAUUAGCCCUUCAGGAAGACGGUGGUCAUUGGCAAGUCAAACUGUCUGACCUGGAAUACGCCAUAAGGUUUCCUCCAGACGAAGGAAGAAGGUCCGCGGAUAAAGCUGGAACACCAAUUUUUACGGCACUCGAACUUCUGAGAGGUAUGCAUUAUUACGAACCUGAAAUAGACCUAGAUGCAGUCGAAGACUCGGACACGACCGAUUUACAGUCUUCCCAUCACCGUCGUUCAUGCCCUCCGAUCCCAAGCUCAGUCACGCAGAAUCUCCAACAUGACCUGGAAUCUUUAUUCUGGUCGGUUCUGUAUCUCGUCACCGUACGGAUCAGUCACGACAAAUCCCAGUACUUCGCCAAGAAGCUUUUCACCGACACAGAAGGCGCACUCUAUCUGCGAAAUCGAUGGUUCACUCAUGGCUUCAAGGGACAAUUCUGGGAAUCCAUCCAUCCGCCUAGGGAUAUGGGGAAGGGAGAACCUUCCAAAAAAAGUCUGGAGACGGGCGGGGGCCCCCCUCGGACUCCCGCACGCGAACUCGUUUCCGACAGUGCCUCACAAGAUAACGGGGGCUCAUAUAAACCUACGCCACGGGACUUACCGGCGGAUGCAGGGGAUGAAAAGCAAACCAAAUUGCGGGACCACAUUGGGAAGUGUAUGAUUUAUGAAAUCGUCACUUGUCCAACGAAGAGCUUUUUCGACGAUUACCUUCCCCCUCUUCCAACGAAGGGCCCUGUUCCAAAAGAGAAGAUAGUGGACCUCGUCAAAAAGGAUCUCGUGGCGGCAAAGCUGUUAUCUGUCAGCGGGGGCACAGUUCAGUUCACUGCGUACCAGUUGCCACCCAGUGGCCUCAAACAUCUCUCCAAGCUGAAAGCCGAAAAGAAGAAAGGGAAAGCGCCCAGCAAGACUCGCGCAGGGGAGGAAAAGGACAAAGUUGUCGACGAGAAAACAGUUUUCGCUGCCUUUGCGACGAUUGGCAAUGCCAUCCGGAGUAGCCUAAAGAAGCACGGUUUCGAAAUCAACCCCUAUCCCAUUGCAAUGUGUCCUGACACGUGGCUUGAUUCUGACAUCCAUGGUUCCAACUUCCGGAUCGACGCUUGCACGACAUCGCAGCUUAAGGAGGGAGAGGUACCCGAUAUUGUGGGGAAGAAGCUCCACGUUACCAACAUUAUCGUGCCAAUGGAAUUCAAACUCCAUGACAAAGAUCAUCAAGAGAAUCGACUCCAAAUAACCGCUGCGGCUAACCACAUCAUGAACGACGACGUUCGGCGAAUGUUCAUCUACGCAAUCUCCGUUGAGAAUGACAAGCUCACGGUCUGGUACUAUUCCCGCUCUCAUUCCGUCCUUUCAAGAUCAUUCAGUUUCUGCUUGGAACCUCUCCUGCUGGUCGAGUUGUUCAUAAGACUCUUCUGCGCCUCCAAGGACCAACUGGGGAUCGACAAAUACGUCUCUCUUUUAGAUGGACAUGACUCGAAAACGUAUCUUUACGAACUACCUGCCGACGGGGUCACGAGACUCGCAUCGCAAUUCUUCAAGACGACAGAGAUAGUCGACGAGCUCCGAUCCAACCGAAUUGCGGGACGCAACACCCGAGUAUGGAAGGUCGUUCAGGUCAAAUCGAAGGACAAUCCGGAUCCCAUCGACCCGCAAGCAUCUCCCUUGAUACUGAAGGACGCCUGGAUUAAUGCAAGUGCCGACGACGAGCACCAAAUCCAACAGAAGGUUUUCUGCGACAUCGACAAGUUUUACGCUGACCACGGCUGGCGUUCCCAUCCCCUGCUGUCUGACAUCGAGGGUGACGACGUGGAAGAUAUUGAGGACGUACUCAAAAACUAUAAGAAUUUCUUCUCGCUGAUACGACUUCACUACUCGGGCGAACCGAACAAGCCGAUAUCUCAGGAGGCACAUUGGACCGACGGGAGCCUCUUCUUUGACCCUCCCAAGGAAGAGAUGGGGGUAUCGUCGGGAUCGCAACGGACAGGUAGCCUGAACCCUUCAGGGAAACGGAGUAACCCGUCCCAAUCCCGAAAUACCUCCAAAUUGGAGCGAGAGUUUCGUGCUUUCGAGAGCAAGCGAAGGUGCUUCUUUGUGUAUGAGCAUGUCUGCAGAAGGAUAAGCGAUCUUCCUACCUUGGGAGAUGCGAUGGAUGUACUAUUCCAAGCUUAUGCCGUGCUAAUGGUGAUGUUCUGCGCUGGGUGGAUUCACCGGGACAUAAGCCACGGGAAUAUCCUGGCCUUCAAAGAGGAAGGGGGAUGGCAAGUGAAACUCUCCGAUUUAGAAUAUGCUAAGCGAUUCCCUCCGGACAGCGCGCAGACCAGCUCUGACCCUAAGACGGGAACGCCUUUCUUCAUGGCACACGAAAUCUUAACCUCCUCGUCACUCUCGGGGUUCUACCACCAAAAUCUCGCCGUCCCGAAGCGCACAUCCAGGCGUGCUGCCAGGAACACUGCCAGGCGCGGUGGUGCGGUCGAAUCCAGGCCCGUAGUCAUCAUCAUCCACAAUUAUCAGCACGAUCUCGAAUCGCUAUGGUGGAUGGUUCUCUGGCUUGUCACCAUGCGGACUAACUACCAGAAGUCCUUCGAUGCUGUUCGUCCCAUAUUUAGCGGCUCCAACCCCGCUUCUGAAGAACGUAAGGAUUGCUUUACUCAAGGCAUCGCCAAAGAAAUUAGCGACAAGUUCCAUCCGUCCACUGAAAAUUUCGUCUCCUCUCUCGAGACACUUCGCCGUGUCCUCUUGAACGGUUACAAGAGUCGCCAUCCGGAGGACCUGUGCAACCCGGAGCAGUACAGCGAUGUCUGCUCUUGGUUUCCCUUUUUCUUCGGUGAGAUGGAGAAGGACCGCGAUGUUUGGGGGCCGCUCCCCCUCUCCAAUCCCACGUGGCUCGUUGACGUCAAGGAGGAGCAGGUGAAGCCAUCUCGUGUUCAGCCUGAGCCCGGGUCUGUUUCGAGCCGACGCUCCGCCAGGAUCGCAGAGCGCUCGUUGCGCCAGGGUGCGAAGUCCCAGUCGAUCGCAGAGGUAGAGGGCGCUUGA